CUCUAUGACGCCAAAAUGGUGGAUCCAGGUGCUUGGUAAACAAAAAACAAAAAUGUAAUGAGACAUCAUUGUUCCUUAGAUUCAACGUAUUUGAUUACUAAAAACCAUCGACAGAUCCAGAAAAGAUGACUUCUAAAAAGAUUGUACAGAAGAAAGAGGUUGAACCUUUGUUGUUUGAGACAAAUUUAACCUUUCAUCCAGAAGAUAAAAAUGCAUCUAGAUCAAUUUAUUUCCCAGAUGAAGAUGACAUUAUGGAUGAUUUUGAAGAGGAAAUUUUGGAAAUAGAGGAGAAAAAGAGGAGACACGUUUCCUUACUCUGGCAGGAUCUUCUGUUACUGACAUUUGAUUUUCUGCAGAUUUUUGCCUUACUACAAAGCAUGGCAUUAAGGUGGACUUGGUCAGGGAGCUGGAUAGCAAAGUCAUAUUUCUUCUUCUUAUUCAACCUUGAUGUCUGGGAGUUCAUGAAGGUCUACAAAGAUGCUUAUGUCAGUACGCAGAGUUACUACACUCCUAGUGCCACUGUACCAAUGAGUUAUUCUACAUUUGCCCUGGCUGGAGGGGGAUGUAUACUGUUUUUGAUUGGUAUAUUUGUUGCUGUUUACCUUAUAUUAUGGGUUAGGAAAGAUCGUCAGUUUCUAAGCAAAACAGCAUGGAUGAGAAGGAUAUAUUUGAUAUUUGUCCAGCUCCUUACUCUACCUAUUGGUGUAGGUGUUGGACAUAUAUUCCAUUGUAAUGGUGAUAAGAAUGUGGAUGUAAUGAAUAACAUUGGUUGUUUCCAAGGAAGUCACUGGGGUUACCUUGUGUUUGGUAUAUUUUUUUACAUUGUUUUAUUUUUGGUUGUUCCAAUUUACAUAAUAUACAGGUCAAGAACUGAAGCAAUGGGGUCAUGUUCCAAACACCACGAGGCAUACUUACUUUUAAAGGAGACAGAAUACAAGAUUGGUUUGAACAAAGUUUGGCUGCACAGUGAUAUUUACUUUUUUUCAUCAUUUCGUUACUGGGGUAUUUACUACAGAGCAAUCUUGCAGCUUGUAAAGUUGUCACUGGUUAUAGUGUUUAUAGCAGGAUUUCACAACGUUAAGGGGCAAGCAACAGCUGUCACAAUCCUGCUGUUUUUAUAUGCCUUGUUAUUUGUCAUUGUACGACCAUUCAGGUUAAUAUGUUUUAACAUAUUGUUGAUAAUGACUUUCAUAAGUCUUGGAGCAGCAGGAAUUAUCGGAACAUUAGAAACAUCCUAUAAUGCCUAUACUUUGGACAAUCCAUGGCUUCUUCCUCAGUACAGCCGAUGGUUGAUAAUGGUUACUAUUCUGGUAUGGCUUCUUACUUGGCUGUGUGUUACUAUGUACCUGAUUGUUAACCAGUGUCUAUACCGCUGUCACUGUAAACAUAUACCUAUAUGGCCAACAUUUUCAACAUCCACUGAAGGACAACUGAGUCAGGAAUCUAGGAAGUUUCUGAAAAUGUUUUUACGUGCAAAAAUACUACUGAAGAAGAUGUAUGAUUAUCCUGUAAUGUUUGCUCCCGUCCACACCCUCUCUAAGCAGAUACAGAUAUUGAAUGCUUAUGUCAGAGAGGCAGAAUACUUAGGUGAUGCUCUACAUGGAACCAUGUUAGAUUUACUAGAUGAGAUCAUAGAAGUUCAUUCCAACAUGUGUCAGAAAUCUUUGUUUGCAGAAAGCGUUAAAGAUUCAAUUCGAAAUACAGCAAGACAGUUCCUGGCUGUGAUGCCAGCAUUUGCUAAGAGAUUAGCACAGAGAGAUUAUGAUUUUAUCUUGAUAAAUCCAAUGAAAAGAAGAAUGCUAUUAAAAAUGUAUUGCAUGGGGAUAUUCCUAAAUGGUAGAAGUGAAAGAGUUGCUAAACAGAAAGUACUUACCAAACCAGAGUUACAGAGGAUCUGGAACGAACCAUCCAUGUUAGAAUUUCAAGAAGAAGAUGGUUAUUAUGAAGAUCUGUAUCCUGAUCCUGUAGAUAUGUCAGACUCUGACAGUGUUGACUUGUCUGUCUCAGAAUUAGAGGAAGAAGACGACUUUAUGGAUAUGCUUGGUCAGAUGCAUGAAAUUGAGGAGAUCAAUCUGAACAAUGCAAGAAUUGUUACAGAGAAGGCAAGACAAAAGAGUGCAGGUACACCUAGAAGUCAGUCUUCUUCUUCAGUGAGACCAUCAUCAGCUUCCAGCCAAAGGCAUUCUACAACAUCAGUUAGGCCAUCAUCUGCUGCAAGUCAAAGGCAAGUAACUCCUGUGCCACCUUAUGCAAGGCCCGGCUCAGCUGGUUCCCUACAGCAGACUGGUUCCCGUCCAAGUUCCUCACAGUUGAGACCAGGAUCAGGAACAUCUGGCAGAGGUGCUAUCAAUGCUGGUUUUGAAGAUGAAAAAGUUUCACUUCCUGGAUCUAUUGACUUAAAUGAUGAAAAGCCAGGGAAAGAUAAUCCAACAUUUACAGUUGUUGAUGAAGAGAAUGAUGAUAAAGGAAGUCAAUUAGAUAUUGUAAAAUCUGCUGGAGAAGUCAUUGACAUGAACCAAGGGACAACAGAAAAAGGAAAGAAGAAAAACAGAAAAAAGAAGAAGAAACAUUCUGUACCAGAUUCAGAGGCUUAAAUGACAUGUUUAUUUUCCCUUGUUAUUGAAUAUUUGAGUGGCUGGUCCACAUUUUAUUUUUAUAUUAUUUAUACUUAUAUAUUUAUAUUGAAAAGUUUUAGAUAACUUUAUUGUAUUAUAAGCAGCAAUGUGAUAAUCAGUUUUCCGUCCAAUUUUAUUUUAUCCUGCAUAUGAUGAGAGGAUAUAGGUCACAUGAAACGUUUGUUAAUUAUUUCUGCUUUAUUUAUUAUUGACAAUUUAAAAGUAAAAUCAUUCUGUUACCCAAAUAAAAAAUAGAGAUAAAGGGAGAUAAUUUCCCAAAUAUUAAAUAUGACCCUGACCUAGUAAACAAUUCAUAUACAUGGCUAUAUCACACAAAUAUUACUUUAUGAAACAUUUGAGAUGAAAUCGAAAUCAUUUUAAAAAAGACAGUGGAUAGCAAAAAAAUGCACUUCUUUUCAGUCAAUAUGAAUUUUUUAAUGUGAUGAAAGAAUUGUAUAAUAUAUUGUAUCAGUAAUCAUAUAAACCGAAUUUGGACUUUUUUUUUACAAAGAUCUUACAUUUUUGUUAAUGUUUAGUGUUAUUUUAACAAUUUUCUUUAAAGAAAAUCUUUAGUUUUAACAUGUAAAAGACCCACUUGUAUUUACAAGCACUGUAGUUAAUUUAACACAUCAUAUUAUUAAAAAAAAAAUUGCAUUCACUUCAGUGAACAUGAUCUAGGUGAAAUUAACUAUCUUCCUUUUAAGAGUGUAAUGUUAUAUGUAUUGGUACUUAUUAACAUCUUACUUUAAAAAAUUUAAAGAUUAUGAUCAAAUUGUGAAAAAAAUAAUGUGAUAGUUUUAUUGCCAUCAAUUCUGUUUUGUUAUUUUCUCAUAUAAUUGACAACAGAAAAGAUCAACUUAAAAAAGUAUAAGGGUUAAUAAGAUUAAGUUCCCAAAGUUGUUGACCUAUUGAAUUGAUUAUUUAGUCCAAAUGAAAUGAGAUGUCUAUGAAAAGUUUAACUAAGUAUUGUCAAUUAAACGGACCAGUUAAUGCAGUCUUUUGUCAUAACCUUAUCAAUAUUGUAUUUGCAUGAAGAUAAUCAUUCAUAACUUUACAUGUAAUUUAUAAGAUAAGUGCUACAUCUGUAUUGCUGAUCAAAAUAAAACUUUGGAAUGCUGUCCUCUACAUGCCUUUGAAUGCAAAAAUUUUAGCUUAAGGUUUGAUAGUUAUUUUUUGCAAAUUAAUAAAAAUAGAUUAAAUGAAAAUACCAGUUAAAGCAUUUUUUAAUUCAAAGUUGUUACCUGCAAAGUAAUGAUAAUGUGAAGUGAUGCAUGUUUUAAUCAAACAAGUUGUUACAAUAUUUCUUGAACAGUACUAUGCAAUGAAAUUUGUUUUUAUCUAAAAUAUGCAAUAAAUGUACACUUUUCAUAAUAAAAGUUCUUCAAGUUUCAA